UCCAAAUUAUUCAUAUAAAAGUCGUAUAACUAAAAAUUGCUAUAAAGUAUGAUAGAAUGAGUGAAAGAGUCCUCUUAUAUGUUGCUUGUGGCCAUUUUCUGUAGCCCAAUAACAAACAGGCCCAAUAGUCAAUUUUUAUUGGCCCAUUAAUGGUGUCAAAAUUUAAACCUGUUGCCGCCAUUUUUAUUCAAACAAACUCAUCAUCCACCACUUUGAAAUUGAUCCAAUUCUCUCAAUAUAGAAACAGAGCCUUUCUUCUAUAUUUCUCUGUACUUCUUUUCUUUACUUACAAUGGAUCUUCGUCUUCAUCCAAAUCCAAUUCAACCAGGUAAAAACAAGCCCCUGAAACCCCCAAAUAAGCCGAUUCAGAAAAUGCCCAAAGCUUCAAUAAUCACUUCCACACUUUCCAGAGAUAAGCGAGUUUUCGGAACCGUUCGAAACUCCAACAAUUCAACGAUCAUCAAACCCUCCUCCUCCAAUGGUGUUCCUCACAAGAAGCCUCAAAGGUCCAAACCCACACGAUCCCAGCCCUUCAUUGAAAACCCAAAACCCAAAUUGAAACAAAUUGAAGAAGAGAAAAAGACUCCAAUUUCAGGGCAUCGAACUCCGGUGAAUUCGAAAAUUUCGGCCUCGAAAUCGAAUUUCCAUACCGCAAAGAUUUGUACUAAAUGCAGAUUUGAUCGGCUCGAAACGUCGUCGUAUUGGGUUGGACAGAUCAAGUUGGCUGAGUCAGUAGGCAAGCAUUUUGCUUCGCUUGCUUUCUUCAAACUCGCAAUUGAAUCCAAAGCACAGCCAUUUGAAAAGCUGGAUUUGGAACUGAAGAGGUAUUUGGGGAGAAAUGGAGGAUUGGGCGUGGAGAAUGAGUGGAAGGAAGUGUGUUCUAAGUACGAAAUAUUAUUAUUGAAGAAGAAGAAAGAAAGUGGGAAUAAUUAUAGUGAAGAUUUUGAUUCAGCCAUUAAGGAAUUGAGCUUAACUCAAACUCAAAUUACUAAUCUUGGAGUUGAGAAUGAUGAUGAUGGCUUUUGUCAAAAUUGAAGCCUAAACUAAAACCAUAACAUUUAUGUAUGUUUGUUUUUGUAGUACAUUGUCAUUUUGUGUUGAUACUCAUUGAUUGUAAAAAAGAUUGAAAACAUUUUCGAUUUUAUGAAGAUUGAUA